CGGCGGAGGCCGGGGCCCGGCCUGGCGGGGCUGUGGGGCUUGUGCUGGCUGGUGCUGGGGUGCUGGCGGGGCGCGCUGGGCUGCCCCCCGUCCUGCCGGUGCAGCUCCUGGCGGAUCUGGUGCGCGGAGCCGGCGCCGGGCAUCGCCUCUUUCCCCGUGCCGCAGCGGAGCGCCGAGGGCGACAAUGUCACCGAGAUUUACAUCGCAAACCAGCGAAAAUUAGAAAGUAUCAAUGACAAUGAAGUUGGAUAUUAUGUUGGACUUAAAAAUCUGACCGUGGUGGAUUCAGGCUUAAGAUUUGUGUCCCGUCAGGCAUUUGUGAAAAAUGUCAACCUACAAUACAUCAAUUUAUCCAGAAACAAGCUCUCAAGUUUGUCUAAGAAGCCUUUUCGCCAUCUGGGUUUGUCUGAUCUGAUAUUGGUGGAUAAUCCAUUCAAAUGUUCCUGUGAAAUUAUGUGGAUCAAGAAAUUUCAGGAGACCAAGUUUUACACAGAAACUCAGGAUUUAUAUUGCAUAGAUGACAACAACAAGAGGACAGCCUUGCUGGAUAUGAAGGUCCCAAACUGCGACUUGCCCUCAGCAAACUUAAGCAAUUACAACAUCACGGUGGUAGAAGGAAAGAGCAUCACGUUGUACUGUGAUACUACUGGUGGGCCACCCCCUAAUGUGUCCUGGGUGCUCACUAAUCUUGUUUCAAACCAUGAGAGUGACACAAGUAAGAACCCUGCCUCGCUAACCAUAAAGAACGUUUCAUCCAUGGACAGUGGACUGUGGAUUUCCUGCGUAGCAGAGAACAUUGUGGGAGAGGACCAAGCCUCUGCCGAGCUCACGGUAUUCUUUGCACCAAAUAUCACGUUUAUUGAAUCUCCAACCCCGGACCACCACUGGUGUAUUCCAUUCACUGUGAAAGGGAACCCUAAGCCCACAUUGCAGUGGUUCUAUGAAGGGGCUAUACUGAAUGAGUCUGAAUACAUCUGUACUAAAAUACAUGUUAUCAAUCAAAGUGAAUACCAUGGCUGCCUUCAGCUGGACAAUCCUACCCACCUGAAUAAUGGUGCUUAUACCUUACUGGCAAAGAAUGAGUAUGGAGAGGAUGAAAAACGGGUUGAUGCUCAUUUCAUGUCAGUACCUGGAGAUGGUAGUGGCCCAAUUGUGGAUCCAGACGUUUAUGAGUAUGAAACCACGCCUAAUGAUCUCGGAGACACCACAAAUAACAGUAAUCAAAUCACUUCUACGGAUGUUUCCAACAAAGAGAAUGAAGAUAGCAUCACUGUGUAUGUUGUGGUGGGAAUUGCAGCACUGGUGUGCACUGGCUUAGUAAUAAUGCUCAUCAUUCUGAAGUUUGGAAGACACUCUAAGUUUGGGAUGAAAGGUCCUUCUUCAGUUAUCAGCAAUGACGACGAUUCAGCCAGCCCCCUCCACCACAUCUCAAAUGGCAGUAAUACUCCGUCUUCUUCUGAGGGGGGUCCUGAUGCAGUCAUCAUUGGGAUGACAAAGAUUCCCGUCAUCGAAAAUCCCCAAUAUUUUGGAAUUACCAACAGCCAGCUCAAGCCAGACACCUUUGUGCAGCACAUCAAGCGCCAUAAUAUCGUCCUCAAAAGAGAACUGGGAGAAGGAGCCUUUGGAAAAGUCUUUCUGGCGGAAUGCUAUAACCUCUGUCCCGAGCAGGACAAGAUCUUGGUGGCAGUGAAGACACUGAAGGAUGCCAGCGACAAUGCCCGCAAGGACUUCCACCGCGAGGCAGAGCUGCUAACUAACCUGCAACAUGAGCAUAUCGUCAAGUUCUACGGUGUCUGUGUCGAGGGUGAUCCGCUCAUCAUGGUCUUUGAGUAUAUGAAGCACGGAGAUCUUAACAAAUUCCUCAGGGCACAUGGACCAGAUGCAGUACUGAUGGCAGAAGGCAACCGUCCUGCUGAGCUGACCCAAUCCCAGAUGCUUCAUAUUGCCCAGCAGAUUGCAGCUGGUAUGGUUUACCUGGCAUCCCAACACUUCGUGCAUCGGGAUCUUGCUACCCGGAAUUGCCUGGUUGGUGAGAACCUGCUGGUGAAGAUUGGGGAUUUUGGGAUGUCUAGAGAUGUGUACAGCACAGACUACUAUAGGGUUGGAGGUCACACCAUGCUGCCCAUUCGUUGGAUGCCUCCAGAGAGUAUCAUGUACAGGAAGUUCACUACAGAAAGUGAUGUCUGGAGCCUGGGGGUUGUUUUAUGGGAAAUCUUUACCUAUGGCAAACAGCCAUGGUACCAGCUCUCUAACAACGAGGUGAUUGAGUGCAUCACUCAGGGUCGAGUCCUGCAGCGACCUCGCACGUGCCCCAAGGAAGUGUAUGACUUGAUGUUGGGCUGUUGGCAACGGGAGCCUCACAUGAGGCUCAACAUCAAAGAAAUCCAUUCCCUCCUCCAGAACUUGGCCAAGGCAUCUCCAGUCUACUUGGAUAUUUUAGGCUAAAGUCUCCUAGCGUAUCUUCUUACGGGCUGCGGGAAUGAAUGUGUUCAACUGCCGCUGAACUCCAUUAAAAUGUGUUCUUAACUUUGACAGUAUUUAUGACAAAGUUGCGGAGAAGCUUUCAAAGGGCAAGCAAUGUGCACUUCUCCAUCUGUAGACACAGUAUUGACUUUUUAGACAUUACUGAGACGUAUCUCUCCUCUCUCUCUCUCUCUUUCUCUCUCAGUUUCUAUCAUUUUUUUCUUCUCUCCUGUCUUUCUAAUCAAUUUGGCUUCUGCAUUAUUGUAACUCUGCAUAGACAAAGGCCUUAAAAACCUGAUCUGUUAUAUCAGCAGACUCUUCAGUUUGCCCGCCACAAAUAACAAUGCCUUGUUGUAUUCAUGCCUUUGAUGUGGAUGAAAAAAGGGAAAAAUAUAUUUGACUCAAACUUUGUGAUUUCUGCUGUACAGCUACUGGGAGUUUCUAUGGAUUCACCUCAAUUUUUUUGCUUCGGCACGUGGGUGGAAAAAGAAGACUGGUGUUCUCUACAUGAAGCAUAUUCCUUGCAGAGAUAAAGCCAGAUGAAAAGAAGACUUGUGUGAUACACUAUCUGGAGGAACUAGGGGAUCAGAUGGCAUCCAACGCCACAAAAAAAAAACAAAAACAAAAAAACAAAAAACAAACAAACCACAAAAAACUGAAACGAUUUGAUGGAAGGCAAGAGGGAGUUUAGCACUUUCCCUGAAGAGUCUUUCUGAGGACUAAAGGGAUUGUUCAAGGAGGUGCUUUGCCAGCACCUUUCAUUGCCAGAUACAAGUAAAAGGGAAAAAGAUGCUGCCUGCACUGCACACAAUUGUGUUACAACUUGAUAAACUAAACACAUGCCCUUAUUUUGUCUUCUGGUAGGAUAUUGUCAUGCCACUGGUAUAAAAAUGUUCUCCAGCUAGUCUUUUUUAAUAAAAGCUGAAGCUAGGCUUAUUAAUGUACAGUAUUAAUUUCAGGAUCACAUAUUGAAGCUAAGGAUUUUGAUAAGAUAGGACAAGCUAUAGAUGCUGGGGCAGGUGUAUCUUAUACUGUGCUUGUCCAGCAGCAUAUUCCUUCCUUCCUCAAUCCUUUUUCUUUUUUUUUUUUUUCCAACCAUGCAAGCAAAACCGCAUGGUCUUUGUCGAUUAAUGCCCUUUGUGCAGAAACUAUCACUCAUCUUGUAGUACAUCCUAGUAGGCAUAGCGAACUCAUACCAAUAUAACUUAUAUUUCAUUAGAAGGGGCUAAUGGAGGACAUUAGCCAUGUAAAAUGCCUUUACAAUGUUACAAAUACAAUAGGCUGAUAUAACAUGAAUAAUCUAAAGCAUGGGGAUCACUGGUUAUAUUUGAGCCAUGGCAGGGGAUAGACAUCUCUAGAGAAAACAAAUUACUCUGAGGUUAUGGCUUACAAUUCAGAGUGCAAAGACCCUGAGCUCAGCACCAUGUUUGUGUUGGUACUAGUGCUGUCGUUACGUACAUCCACUCGUUCUUAAAUAAUUUAUUUUCAGUUGGAUUGGCAUUAUAUGUGUACAACAUUUGCAUGGCCACUGUGCUGAUGACAGCUGCAUGGGCAUACAUGUUAUUUUUCAAACCGGAAGUUGACGAUUUCCAAUUUAGAGUUAGGAUUAUUUUUAAUAUGAAUUCUUACAAAUGAAAACGUACCUUACCUGUUCUCAAGACUUUUUCCUCCCUCUGUGAGGGGGCGUUACUGCAAAAAAGUGAUCUUUCUUUCUGUUUUCUCUUUUUGUUAUUUCUUAUUGAUAUGAGCCAGAUCAAGAUAAUCCUUCAUCUUUGUGUUGGGGAUAUUUUAUUUAAUAAAUUAAGCAUUUUAUUUUUAUAAGUGUUCCCAUAGCACAUUUAAUAUAUAAUUUGCUCGCAUAUAUUAUUUAUUGAGGCACUUUAGGUUUUUCCUUCAGAAGCUUUUAGAGCUAGCUCAUAAAGAUUCUGAACAUUUUCAAAAGAAAACAGUUCACUGGACAGUGAUGAAGUUUUACCCUUCUCAAUGUCAUUGAAAAGGCAGCGUUACAAAUAAACAUGAUAAUGUAACUAUAAAGCCAUACUCGGUAUUUCUUUAAUAAACUAGAAGUUAUUUCUUAACCGCUACUGAACUGGAAACACACAAAAAGCCAGAAGAAGAUUCCUACAAAAUGGGCCUUAAGAUUUUAUCUAGACUGUCUUGGAAGUUCAGAAAGCUAGAUAAAGACUGAGCAUCCAGUGAAACCCAUUUUCUUGAAAAUCCAAAUGUUGUGUUUUAAAGGAAUUUGAAAUUGAUUUUCAAAAUAACAGUUGUGGAAAAGAAAGGUGUCAGAGUCCACUCUUCCCUGUGCAGUGGGAGGAAGCUGCAGGCGGUGGAGGAGGGUCCUAAGUUUCUACCUGUUGUAUUCUGUAUUAGUUUCUUACGAGCUGAAGAAAAAGGCAUCUGAGAUGCUUCUUCUAUUGGAAAGCAGACUCCAGCCUGAAAGCAAACAGGUGGAUUUUGCAAGCACUAAAAGAAUGUAUACCAAAAAUAACCACAAAACCCUGAAAUUGUACUUAGCGGCAUCUUCUUUUUGAUUAACUAGUGAGACUAUUAGAGUGAUUUCAGAGAAUAAAUAGUGUUACAAUGCAUUGUGCAAUAACAUAGCAGUAUGUUAAACUUCUAAAGGACCAAAUGUUCUAUAGAACCACCGGUAUGGAUAACCAUGACCUAUAUCAUUAAUGUUCUUGGUAGUGCUUAAGAUGUAUAAUCACAGUAGACAAACUGUAGCUAUACCUAGUUUGCGUUUGCUCAUGAAAAGGUGGGUAAGUGUAGCAGAAUGAGCACAGAAGAGGAAGAAAUAUGUUCAGAUCACAAUGAAGGGUGAGUAUAUGUGCAUAUUCAUCAUGCUUGCACUGUCAGCUCAAUCGUGUACACUGAGUAAAUAUGACAAUCAGGCUCAUUUAAAAAGUCUUUCUAGAUUGUGCUAUGAACUGAUCAUAUAUAUAAUAUAUAUUAUAUAUGUGUGUUUGCAUAUGGCAUAUAUAUAUACACACACAUAGCAUAUACAUGUAUGCCUAUGUCUGUUGUAUUUUAUUUAUAUAUGUGCAGACAUGCAUGCACAUUAUGUAUGGGCUGUGUGUAUAUGUAUAAAUUUACAUACACCUACAUUAUUAAAAAUGAUGAUUAGAGUGCUAUUAAUAAAUUGAUAAAGUCUGCUGAGUAACCAAAAUAUUUUUUUCUUUUGAUAUUUGUUUUUUGAUGUUUGAAAGAUUAAACUUUUUAACUGGUGUGCAGCAGAGGCAGUGCUAGAAUGCCAGAGACACAACAACAAGCACUUUUUUUUUCCCCAGAUGAUUGCAUAAAAACGUUUCUUCCAUUCCCAUCUCACAUGUUGAUUUCUCACACUGAAAAGAACCGACAAGCUUCCAAGCUGGGAAAACAGAGUUUGUUUUACUGUCGUUUCUGGGUUUGUGCUAAUGUUGUUUUAUUGUCCUAGAAUAACAGUGCAGCUCCAUUAGCAUUUUAUACUCAUCUGCAGUAGUGAAAUAAUUCCAAGAAUGAGCUGAACUAUUCAGACUGCAACACGACUUGUAGGACAAUGAGAACGCCAAAAUUCAGCAGUAAUAAUCGCACCAUUGGCCACCCUCUGUCCUUCACUCUCAAUAGAUCUGCAGAACUCAGAACUGGCCGUGGAGAACAGAUGCUUGUAAAGCAACAGCACCCCAUGAUGCAUGAUGGAGUGUACCCUUUUAAAAAGGACUUCAUUCAUUUUGAUUUGUAAAACAAUAUAUCUAUAUAUUGUCUACAGUUAAAUAAGUAACUGUCAAUUUUUUCUCUUUCUUUUUCAUCCUUUCUUGCUAUUUUUUAUCACUUUCCUUCCUUCUUUCUCAUUUCUUUCCGUUUCUCCUCUUCCCUUCCUCUUUUCUCUUCCUUUCUCUCUUUCUCUCUUUCCCUCUCUUUCUCUCUGUACCCCUCCCCAACUUUCUGGGAGAUUGUUUUUGUUGUGGUUGAUGUAGACUUUAAAAAAUACUUUAAAAAAAAUUAAAUAACACAAUAAAACAAUUAGGUCACUGGAUGACUAAGGUACAAUGCAUAUGUGUUAGAACAAGUCUGUCUCUGGGUUGUUGCAGCCUGUAACUGAAUUUCAAAUACUGCUGUAAAAUGUGAGGGAGGGGAGUGGGGAGGGGCUGGGGAACUGAUUGGGGUUUCUAAUCAAAGAUGAAGGUUUUGAUAGCACAGGAAGUUGUAUUUUGUUGUUGUGAGGGCUGGGAUGAACCACCGCUGCUUUGAAUCAAGAGGUCCUUUAGAGCCUUAGUUAAAACACCUUUAUUUGGGUGGGGCGGGGGAGUGUGCUAUAUUCAUCACAGAUAUGAAGCAAAAAAAAAAAAAAGUCUACAUGUUGCAGGGAAAACACUGUGAAUUUCACAAUAGCAACCAAGUGACUAUUUUGCCAUCUUUUAAACAUACGUCUCAGGAGAAGAAACGGGAAAUGAUGGGUGUGUUAUUUUUCCGUCUAUGCAUUCUAGACCAGGUCUGUGGGGAUAUUUUGUUUGCUUGUAGAAGGUUCUGAGUGAUGACCAGCUGGUAUUUUAUAAACACUGAAUACUUUGGGCAAGGAUAAUAGAAGCUGCUAGUAGUGAGGCCGUUUGAUUGGAAUAUGUGAAAAAACGGAGAUCAAAUAAAAUCAAAUCUUUCCAGAGGCCUAUAUCUUGCAGCUUAUAUAUAUCUUUCUGUAACUUAAAGAAAAGCAGCUAAGAAUGUUUUAUAUACAAGUAAUUUAAUUCAACAUUGAUGUUUAAUUGAAUCACCAAUAGAGAGAGAAUCAAUUAAUUAUGAAAUAUUUGUCCCAGCCCUGCUCUCCACCUAUACUUCAUGUAUAUAUAUAUUUCUAGAUAUCACUCUCUUUGUCACUUAAGGUAAAGAGGAAGAUAUCUACAUAUGAAUAUAAAUCUCUAUAUUGUCACCAAACUGUGACCUGGUGUGUAGAGCUAUCUUUCUCCUUUCUUUUUUCUUUUUCUUUUUUCAAUGUGAUGUCUCCAUGGAAAUAUUUAGUGGUUCUUGUUUUGCAGUUUGUUAUAACAGGUCAUUGCUUUAAAAGUUUCAUUGCAUCUUGGCUGAUUUCAAAGUGAUGCCUAGGUAUCAGUGUUAAAAGUUUUGUUUGUGAAUCAUGUGACCAGCUUCUCUCAACAUGACAUGGAAAGUCUCUUGUAUUACAGUGUAUUUAAUAAAAAUGAUGUCUUACAAUAAAAAAUGUCAUCCAAAAGAAAGAUAAAAUGAUUACUUUAGAAAACUUAAAAA